GUUCGUUUCCAGCAGAGCAUCGGAUGCAGUCAACCCAAUUCUUGCUCCGCUUCUCCAAUCUACCACCACCUACUUCUGCCUGCCGAAAGGUAGCCAGCCGGAAUCCUCGACGCAGAAGAAAUCUGAAGUUGCAUCUACGUAGCAAGGGGCAAAAGGAGGUCGGGAAAAGAAGGGUGCAGACCAAUCAGGCCAAAAGGAAGACAAGGCGACGAAGGAAUCAAGCAGCCACAGCCACGACUAUUGCUGCUACGCAUUCUCACUCCAGAAAGAGGAAAGGGAAAAAUAGACGCACCGUGAUGUGGACAUGCAUGAACAGCUUCAAUAAUGCUGCCAUCAGCAAGCAGGGGCCCGUUUGCAUUAAGGUUGCCCGUCCAAAGGUUCCUCUUCUUUUGCGCCUUUAUGGCAAAGGAGAAUUCUUCGUCGUCGCGCACCAGGGUUACGCAAUUCACAAAAGAGGAAGGCAGCUGGCUCCUAUAUAACCCUGCCUCACUUACUCCGGCCAACUGGUGGUGUCCUUUGGAGCUGAGCUAGAGCACAUCUGUGGAGGCCCUUACGUUCAGUGAUUCGAUGUCUCCCGUCAUCCUUAACUGAAGAAACUGCAAUCAGACAUGAGGUGAGGUGAUCAAUAUAAGUAUUAAUUUAAGGGAGAUCAUUUUGAGCAUGUUAUGAUGGAGCUCUACCAUGGAUACCUUGAAGAUCAUUUCAACCUCCACAAGCUUAGAUAAGUUGGAUGGUGGGGUUAAGAUGAUGCCCAGCGACCACUUCUUUAUCUGCAGCCUGUUCCUGUGUGCUGGAUAGAGCAGAGACCAACCUAACCUGCUUCGCCGUAAAAGCCAAGUGGCCUCGCCAAUAAUUGAGGGGCCAUCCAAUCCAAACCUUCUUUUGGCCGUGCUGGCUUGGCGAGCCCUCCACUAUGUGUGAUGAAGCUUCUGCUUCCUGUCGUGCGGGAGCAAGCAUUGCAUUUUGCACGUAAUCAUUGAGGCCCAUGAAUAAUUGGAUAGAUCAUGCUAGAAACACUGUCGUUUUAUUACGGUAUUCUGAGCUCUCAUGUGGUCAUGUGGAGUUGUGGACUAUAAAAAAAACAAGAGGGUCAAAAGAAUACAACAUGCAUGCAGCUGGCCAUCAGCUUAAGCUUGUGGUUUAGGAUCUAAUUCUAGCUAUAAUCUAGUGACGUUGUGGGGUUUCCUUCAGGAGCCUUCUUGCUUUGCACUGCUAUUCCUGCGGUGUGAUGCCACCGCUGAUGAACUGAUGGGCGUCAGGCGUCACCGUCACCACACCCUUUACAUGCUUAAUCCUUAACCACUAGUUUAGCCUCUGCUACUAAGUAUAAUGGCCGGAAAUUCCUAGCACUGGCCGGGCGGUGUGGUGGCCGUCCUUGUCAGCCCAGGGGUAGAGAUGUACUUGGCCGCAUAGCGUCACCGCCGGUCGGCCGGUGCGCGCCUGACUGAGACCGGGGCGCGGCUAUCAUCGCGUCCGAGUAGAUCAGCACACGGGCUUAUCCCGUAUCUCGCUGGUCAGCCGCACGCAGCGCACCAAGACGGCGUCGUAACUCGAUCAAGUGGAGAUCGAGGUGGCCAUGGACCCACGCUCUCGUGGUCGUCGUUUGUCGCGCCUGCUGCCGUCGCCGGCCGGACGGCGGCCGCGCUGAGCAGAAGAGCGAAACGAGCAUCGCGGACGCAGAAAUUAUGGGGACGAGAAGCAGCUGCCGAAGCAGGAGCAUGAAAAAUUUUCAGAGGUGGCAACUCUUCCGUUGGAGUCCGGGCUCGAAUUAUUCGUUCCGGAGCCGGAUUCCAGAUUCCAGGUUCCACUCGAGGUCGAGGCGACGGCAUCGUCCAGCCAUCACUGGCCACGGCAGCUGCCGCUCCCGAUUCUCUUCUCUCGAUCAUCUCGUUGAGCCGAUGCAGAUGCACCCCGCCUAGCUAGGCUCCUAGGCCGCACCAGCACAGGUUCUCGCUCGCAUCCCAGUAGGCAACCUCAGCUCGCCGUCGAUCCGUUCCUUCCCUUGCCCGGGCCGGCGGCCACCGAUCUUUUCCUUCUUGUGAAACCAUUGCCGUCCGGAGGUGACGGAGACGCCGUCGUGGACGUUUAGAUUUUUUUGUUCCGUGACAGGAGUGCACGGCGUCUUCUCGGCGCGCCAUCCAUCAUCAUGCCAUCAUUUGUUGCGUACGUUGUCAGCCUCGGCGGCUUUGCCAAAAGUGCUCGCCGGGGUUGCCUUUCCCAGCGCCUUUCCUGAGCACAGCUGCGGCCGCAAUCGGAGAGAGCAUAUUUGCCUUUGCCGCUGCGCUCAUUCCAUUCGGAGCUCGAAAGCUUCGCUUCGCCUGCCUUUCUCUCAUUUUUUUUUUCUUUCGCUCUUUAACCUGGUUGACACCUGCAACGGCGCUCUGUCGUUAACUCACGCUGCCUCCCCCGCUGGUUGUUUUUCUGUUUGGGUAGCAUCGGCAGCGCCGCCUCCCCGCCGGAGUUCAUGACCUCUGCGUCCGCGGUGCAGUUCGCGGCGGUGCCUGUCAGAAUGGGGGUGUACGAGCGGCCGGCGCCGGCGCCCGUGAUGGGCAUGUGGAACAGCGAUCCGUUCAAGGUCGAUAGCGGCCAGGCCACCAGCGGCUCCACCGUCAUGGAAGCGGACAAGAAGUUCGACAAUAGGCUAGAAGAUGUUCCACAGGUAGCACUAGAGCCGGCGAGAAGUACGGAUCAGGAAACAAGCAGGCCGCCAGAGAGGGUCCUGAGAAGACUUGCACAGAACAGAGAAGCUGCUCGGAAGAGUCGCCUGCGAAAAAAGGCUUACAUCCAGCAGCUAGAGACAAGCCGGAUGAAGCUGGCACAACUAGAGCAAGAGCUUCAACGGGCUCGACAACAGGGUGCAUAUGCAAAUGGGAACAUGGGAGACUCGACUCUCGGAUUCACAGGACCAAUGGAUCCAGGUGUUGCUGGGUUCGAGAUAGACUACAGCAACUGGGUCGAAGAGCAGAACAGGCACACAGCCGAGCUGAGGUCUGCUCUCCAGGGGCAGCCAUCGGAGCUGGAGCUCCGCACGCUCGUGGAGACCGGGCUCAACAACUACGAGCACCUCUUCAGGAUCAAGGCGCUGGCCGCGAACGCCGACGUUUUCUACGUCAUGUCCGGCAUGUGGAAGACACCCGCCGAGCGGUUCUUCCUGUGGAUCGGCGGGUUCCGGCCGUCGGAAGUGCUCAAGAUCCUAAGGCCGCAGCUGGAGCCACUGACGGAGCCGCAGCUCAUGGCCGUGGGCGGCCUGCAGCACACCUCGACGCAGGCCGAGGACGCCCUGUCGCAGGGCAUGGAGAAGCUGCAGCAGAACCUCGCCGAGACCCUGACGGCCGCGGCCGACCCAUUCGGACUCCCCGACGGCUACAUGCUGCAGAUGGCGACCGCCGUGGAGAAGCUGAAAGAGCUCGUCGGCUUCGUCACCCAGGCGGACCAUCUCCGGCAGACGACGAUGCAGCAAAUGCAUAAGAUCCUGACGACGCGGCAGGCGGCGAGGGGCCUCCUGGCGCUCGGCGACUACUUCCAGCGCCUCCGCGCGCUGAGCCAUCUGUGGGCGACGCGGCGCGAGGCAGCGAUUAGCUAGACGUCGGUGGCGAAAACCCACUGAAGAUGAACGAAGACGACGACGAAGAGUAGUAGGUCGUUGUAGGCCAGCCGAGGACGAACAAGUGGUCGACCUCGCUGGGAUUGGAUGAAGAAUGCGAAGGCUUCUCAGCCAGCGGCGCCGCCAUGCUUGCCGGCGUCUCUGGGGAACAGGAAGUUGGUGUGCGCUUGUCAGGUGCAGUGAUCAAUGAAUAACGAAAAUUGAGGCCUUUUUCUGAGACGUGUACAUAUCUUGUUUUGGUAUACCUGGCCGGAGGCCUUCUACAGCCGUAUAAUUAAUUGGUAUAAAUGAUGGGUUUUACGAGUAGUGUUUACGGUAUAUAUGAUGUAACAGUAUGUAACUAGUGUCUAUCCAUUUCUCAUGAGUUGGGCAUGCAGUCCUUGUGCCAUUGUAUUGUACGGAGUAUGGAACAAGCUAGUUCACCUGUUGAGGAAUGAGAUGCAUCCGUAGCAGUUCACACUU